AUGAUCCCUAUAUAUAGAAUCCGAGCUACUCCACAGUCUUCGGAGCGUCCGAAAGACAUGGUAUGCGACUGCUUCCGGCAGUUAUGGUUGUUAACUUGUAAAAAUCUUAUAUUAACCGGCCGGAGCAAGAUAUGGACGCUAUUUGAACUGAUCCUGCCAAUACUCUUCACUCUUCCCGUAAUAAUCCUAAUUGUGAAGAAUGGAACGAUACAAUUGUCUCCGAGUAAAUCAUUUGAUGCUGUGCCCCUUGAUGGUGGAGCCGCUGAUGUGCCGCGUGCGGUCGGAUUCGUUCAAGCCAUAAGGACGCGAUGGUGUAACCGGAAUCAAGUCUAUCUGGCUUAUUAUGCUUCUGAGGCGGCGAGGAGAAAUGCUAAAGAGCUCAUGACGAAUGUUACGAAUCGCUACUCAACUACGGUUUUUGAAUUAACCUUGAAGGAGUUCGAGAGCGAAGAAACUUUACUUGAUGAACUCCGUAGAGAUGCGCCGAAUAGCACUUUGUAUGGGUGUUCCAUACACAAAUACGGAGGUGGCGUGAUUUUCGAUCGCAUAAAUGUUAGUGAGAAUGUCCUGGAUUACCGGAUUUUGAUCCCUACACCUUUGACCGAGGACCCGUGGAUGCUUGAUCAAGAGUGGAGCGAUCCAUUCGGAGCCGAUAAUGAUUUCAACAAAAUUCCCGGGAGACCACCGUACUGGUCGUCAGCGUUCUUAUCCUUGCAGUAUGCCAUUGACAGCACAUUCAUCGAGAGAGUAUCCACUGAAAUUACUCCACGGGAUGUGCGUUUGAGACGUAUGCCAGAUGCAGCAUAUAAUGUGAAUAGCAUUGCUGCAUUCCUCUCUAUCGCUUCUUACGUUUGGGGUCUUUGUGCGUUCGUGUUGGUAAUCCACACUGCCAGGGAGAUCGCAAGUGAGAGAAGCACUGUCAAGGAUUUUCUGUCCGUGAUGGGUUUAUCGACGCCUAUGUUCUACUUGUCUCAUGUGCUCUACGCUUCCGUAAAAUGCCUCUUCGUCUUGCUAGUAUGCUCAAUUCCUAUAGCUACGAUGCUAGGACCUGUGAACGUUGCGCUCUUUCUUUCUGUGAUCAUUCUGUAUGGAAUAUCAGCAGUGGUUUUUUCUGCGCUGAUAUCAUCGAUUUUCAGAGCACCCAAUACGGUUUUAAAAGUGAUCAUCAUCAUAUGGGUGAUACUCGUUGGAGCACCUCUCAAAGCUCCAAAAGUUGACAAAAUCUUCUACUGUACUCUCUGGUCGUUAAAUCCCAAUGCUGCCUUCUCUUAUGCUCUGAAGGGCAUUGCUGACUACAUGAAUAGAGGGAGAGUGUUGACAUGGUGGAAUAUCUUCGAGGAUGGAUCUUUUAAUUUCACUGUUGGAGCUGCUAUACUCAUGUUGCUAUUUGAUAUUGUGUGGAUGAGUGCGGCAACAUUGUUCUUCGAUUUCUUCUUGAGUGAUCAAGAUUUCACGCUGUUUAAGCUGCCUUUUGGUGGUAGUUAUCUUGGCUCAUCGGGAACGCGUUUGGAUGAUGUCGAGGGCAAUAAUGAAACUGAUGAAGGGUUAUUGCAGACUCGUGCUGGUAUUUCUGUAAAUCGUUUGAUCAAAGUUUGGUCAUCUACAGGAGAAAGAGCUGUAGAUGAGAUGUCGAUGGAUGCGUAUGUUGGGCAGGUUACUGUUUUGCUUGGCCAUAAUGGGGCUGGGAAGAGCACUACUUUUUCUGUUAUCUCUGGAAUAACUGCUCCAACUGCAGGAACAGUUUCCAUCUACGAUCUGGACAUCCGCAAACAGCGUAAUGCAUGCAGAAAACGAAUAGGCUUGUGUCCCCAAGCGAAUGCUCUCUUUGAUCGGUUAACCGUGGAUGAGCAUCUAUGGUUUAUCCAUGGCCUCAAAGGUGCAGCUGGCUCUUACAAAACCGAAGCCGACCAACUCUUAAGUCAGCUGAAGCUUGACGAGAAGUCUGAUACGUUGGCCAUGAAUUUGUCGGGAGGUCAAAAACGUAAGCUUUGCGUGUCGAUGGCAGUGAUUGGUGGCAGUCCGGUAGUGUUGCUGGACGAACCAACAGCUGGUAUGGAUCCGGGAGCUCGUCGAGACGUGGAGAGCUUGUUAGAGAGCAUAAAAGUUGAUCGAACAGUUUUGCUUACCACGCACUACAUGGACGAAGCUGAAUUGCUUGGCGAUCGAGUGGCCAUUAUGGCCAAGGGACGAGUGUACUGCUGUGGAACGCCUCAAUUUCUCAAGAAGAGGUUUGGUACUGGAUACGUAAUGACAGUCGUGAUACAAGAGAAAGCCAAUGCACAGGACACGGCUUCAAGAUUAACCGAAAUUGCAUCGCAGUACGUUCGCGGUGCCUCAAGGGGGAAUGUGCACGGAAAGCAAUUUGAGAUAAUACUGCCGAAGGAACAGCAGCACAAUUUCCCCGAGUUGUUUGAGUAUCUCGAAAAAUCCAGAGAUGCGCUGCAUAUUAGCAGUUUUGGAUUGUCGUUGAACACUUUAGAGCAGGUAUUUCUCAAAGUAGCUGAGCAGACUGAUCCAACCGCUAUGAUUGAUUUUGUCGAUGCCACCAUAAGUCGUAGUGAAGAACUGAUCCAAGCCCAAAGAGUGGAACGCCACGAAGGAUGUGCCCUUUUAUGUGACCAGGUGGAGGCUCUGUUCACCAAGAGGUUGUUAUACACCAUCAGAAAUUGGCCACAUCUGAUCACACAGCUUCUUAUACCACUUGGCAUACUAUUGCUAAUUGCGUAUAUAUCGGGAUGGACGAGAAAAUUGAAUGGUGAUCAAGAAAGGGCAUUCUCGCUGGAUUCGUUUGGACCUUCCCGAAUACCAGUGGUAAUUGCUCAGAAUUCUACAAUCGCGAAUGUAUACAUGAAUAUGGCCAUAUCGAACCCGGAUGCAAUGGUCACCCAGUUUGGUGCAAAUGAUAACUUGACGAAAUGGAUUGAAGAUCUACCAAAACAGUUACCAGCCCCAGGACUGGGUGCUAUAUUUGAGAAAAAUUCGAUAGAAGUGUUGUUCAAUAGCCGAGCUUAUCAUUCCUUGCCUAGCUCAUUGAAUUUGGUGGACAAUGCAUUGUUGAAAGCUGAAGGAUCUGGAGCAAGUAGUGCAGCAAUACACACUCGGCUACAUGCUUAUACUCCCCCUGCAACUGCUGCAACGAGCUCACGAUAUGUUACCGUGGGAUUCGUGGACUCAGUCAUGGGACCCAUAUUAGUGUUGGCGUUGGCUUUGCUUACGUCAACUUUCGUGAUGUUUUUGGUCGAGGAACGAGUGAGCAAAUUCGCCCAUCAGCAAACCCUGACGGGUAUUUCGCCUGUCACAUUCUGGGUGGUCUCUUUUGUAUACGACUUUUUGCUUUAUGCUUUUGCUUGUACUUGUUUCCUAUCAGUAUUUCUGUUUUCUGGUUGGAUGCAGGGUUAUUUACAAUUUAUCAUUCUUCUCUUCGCUCUGUACUUCUGGGCUUGUGUUCCGUUCGUCUAUACAGUGUCCUUCGUAUUCUCAUCACCAUCAAAAGCAAAUGUGCUGUUGAUUAUCUGGCAGCUGGUUGCAGCUUUCGCAGCUAUGCUGGUUCUGUUCUUGUUGAGUUUCCAAGAAACCAUUGAUCGGUCUUUGCUUGAAGUUAUCAGAUCGAUACUGCUUUGCUUCCUUCCUUCUUUUGCUAUUGGAAACGCUGUGAUGACCGUCGGACAGUCUUCAUCGGAGAAACUUCCGCCACAUCUUUUAUGGGAGUGGAGUAUGUUAGGCAAAAACUUGACAUUCAUGUUUAUAUUCGGAUGCUUCUCCUCCUUACUGUUCGUGUUGUUCCAAUUCAAAACUGUGAGGUUCCGGUGGCAUCAGAUAUGGGAUUUGCGAUAUGGACGAAGGAACUAUGGAAGAGUUGCCCAUGAUGAGGAAGAUUCUGCAGUAAGAGAAGAACGAACGUAUGUAAAUGAAUCUGGCGAUGACAUGGCUUUAGAAGUCAAGGAUUUGUGCAAAAUGUAUGGAAGAUUACGAGCUGUCGACGGACUCACUAUGGGAGUGCGAAGUCGAGAGUGUUUUGGUCUCUUGGGAGUGAAUGGUGCUGGAAAGACUACAACGUUUGACAUCCUCACUGGACAGUCAUUUGCGACAGCUGGAACAGCUCGUAUAGACAAGCGAGACGUGACAGAGCAAAUUCCCAUUGGUUAUUGUCCACAAUUUGACGCUUUGAUGUUGGAUUUGACCGGCAGAGAAAGCUUGGAGAUACUAGCGCGAAUGCACGGCUUCCCGGAGCCAAAGGAGUUAGCUGAAUUGGUGCUUCACUCUGUAGGAAUGGUAGAUCAUGCGGACAAGCUGAUCCGUUACUACAGUGGAGGGCAACGGCGGAAAAUCAGUGUGGGCCUCGCCUUGCUAGCCCCCACGAGAAUAAUAAUAUUGGAUGAGCCCACAGCAGGCAUCGAUCCGAAGGCACGUCGUGAAAUUUGGGAAGUGUUGUCGAUGAUGCGCGAUAGCUCGGAAUCAGCUCUACUGCUUACUUCGCAUAGUAUGGACGAAUGUGAAGCCUUAUGCAGUCGAAUAGCCAUUUUACAAAAAGGCCGGAUGAUUGCGAUAGGAACGAGUCAGCAGCUGAAAUCAAGAUUUGGCAACAGUUUCACCAUCUCGAUGGUUGCACCAAAUUUAGAAUCUCGUAGUGACGUCAUCGAAGGAGUCAGAAGGGCGUUCCCUCGUGCCGUUUUGAAAACACCGAAGGAGAGCUUAACCUUAAGUUUGAAGUGGCAAAUACCCAAGAGUCAAACAGAUCGGUGGUCAUCGUUGUUCCGCGAAGUUCAAUCAUUAGCCGCUUCACUAGGAGUGGUGGAUUUCUGCGUAACGCAAUCUUCAUUGGAGGAAACGUUUUUGCGGCUGUCCUUGGAGAAUGAUGACAAUGAAUCCACUAUAAGUACAUCAAGGUGGUGAUUGCAAAUCCGUUCCGGGUUCACUCUAUGUCUUUCUGUUUCCAAGUGUGUAUAGUUUUUAUGUGAAUUUUUUUACUUUUCCAACCUUUUAUCAUUUCCAUUCUGAACUAACAUGGCUG